AGUAUUGUCGCACUGUGAUUCUCUGACUGCAUGGAAGAGAGCAGGAGAGGACCUUACAGAGAAUAGGCAGGGCUUUUGACUGGCCAUCAUAGUAGAACACAAAGCAGUGAGGAGGUGUGGACCUCACGCUGGCAGCUGAACAGCCUGGAGUGAGGGACAGAAAGAGUGAGAGAGAGAAGGUGUUGAACAGAAACAGAACCGGACCACAGAAGUCAAGACCGCUUUAGUCCAUUAAGGGAAAGACAGAAGAGAGAGAGAGAUUGACAUUUGUCCUGUCUGUCUCACAGCGGGGAACAGCGGUUUACUGUUACGCCAGCAGCAGGAACGUGGACACAACUGCACAGAAUGUCUAAACAGCAGUCAUCCAAUGUAAAAGCCCUGCAGGCCAACCUUAAUAUUCCGAUGGGGGCUCUGCGUCCUGGGGCGGGACAUCCUGUGAAGAGGAGAGAAGAUACAGUAGAUGCAGAGGAGGCGUCCCCAGUGACUCCAGAGGAAAAAAAGGCCCUGCCUGGUGCUGUGAAACUACCGGGCCCCGCCGUCGACCUUUCCGAGCUCCAGAACGUAAAGAGUGAACUCAGAUGGGUCACCAAGGACUAAACAACACAGGUGACUCCGCCCCCAUUUUAUCCAAGGCUUUGGUCGCCAUCCAAUCAGGUUCAUGUAUUUACCACAACUCCCAGAGAAUCGGUCGCAAAGGAAUCAAUGACAAGCCUUAAUGAUGACACUACCUACUGACCCGAGAAU